ACUACAACUCUAGAUCACUCAGAAAAGCUUGACAGGCAUCUUACAGGGAAUUUCUAGAGGUUGUGAUCAAUGAGGCCGCCUCUUCUGCUGUGUUUUAUUGGACUGUGUUUGUGGACUUGUGUAAUUUCCCUGAAGAUCUGCGCCUUCAACAUCCAAAGCUAUGGAGAAGCAAAGGCCAGCAAUACUAGAGUUAUGGAGAUUUUGACAAAGAUUAUUUCUCGCUGUGACCUGAGUUUGAUUCAAGAGGUUCGAGAUUCUAGAGGAGAAGCCAUUUCUGCACUGUUGAUGAGUCUGAACAGAUUCGACAAAUCUCAUAUUUAUGCCCAUUUAGAGAGUAAAAGAUUGGGGAAGAAAACAUACAAAGAGCAGUAUGUGUAUAUUUACAGAAAAGACAUGCUACAGGUGCAAGAGCAAUACGAGCACCCAGAGGUCAAUGAAAGUGCAUCAGAAGUCUUUUCCAGAGAGCCCUUCAUCAUACUGGUCCACUCUCCAACAACCUUGGUGAAGAAUUUUGUCCUGAUUGGUCAGCACACCUCUCCUAAGAGUGCAAUGAAAGAAAUGGAUUCACUGUACGAGGUCUUUCAAACCGUCAAGAAGAAAUGGAAAACUGAGAAUGUGAUGUUUCUGGGAGACUUAAAUGCCGCCUGCAACUACGUCACUAAUAAAGGACUGAGAAAUGUGCGUCUCAGGAGUGACCCAAAGUUCCACUGGUUGAUCAGAGACGAACAAGACACUACAGUGCGUGAAAAAACACGCUGCGCUUAUGACAGGAUUAUUAUUCAUGGAAAAGAGCUCAUUUCUGGGAUAGUUCCGGAAUCCGCUCAACCGUUCAACUUCAAACAGGAAUUUAAUCUCUCUGAGGAAGAGGCUUUGGAAGUCAGUGACCACUUUCCAGUAGAAGUGGAUUUAAAAGCAAACCAUCGCUACCUCCUGCGCCAUGAACUGUAAAAUGAUACAUAUCUGUGAAAACGACCUGCAAAGUACAGAUACUAAUUUUAAAUAAUUAUCAGCCUGAUACUGUGAUCAUUUAUUGCUACAGGACUGUUGCUACUUGGAAGGACAUUGUGUAUCGACAAAUAAAAACGUUUUAUAUUU